AUGGAUUCGCUCGAUAGCGUUAUCAACUCCGUAGCAUCUCCGGCACAGCUGUCGGUUAACGUUAUCAACGCCGUAGUAUCCCCGACACUACUGUCGGAUAAAGUUAUCAACUCUGUGGUAUCCCCGGCACAACUUUUGGAUAACGUUAUCGAUUCCGUUGUAUCCCCGAAACCACCCGUAGAAAAACCAGUACGGUAUUGCCUGAUUUGCGGCGACAAAUCGUCUGGAUGUCACUAUGGAGUUCUGACCUGUGAAGGCUGCAAGAAAUUCUUCUGCCGUGCGUACGACAAGGAGUAUCAAUGCAGAUACAAAACACCAUGUGCGAUCACCCCGAAAACUCGAAAUGACUGUAAAGCUUGUCGACUCAAAAAGUGCAGAGAAGUGGGAAUGCAUAAACAGUCUCAGCCUCCGAAACCAGCCAGCAACCGCCCACAACCAAUCGACACCAUUCAACGUGAGCAUCCUGGACAAGCCUUCAAAAAAGUUUCCACAAAAAAAGAAUUUUCAGAAUCUCUGCUCCCAGCCAUCAACAACGUAUCUCUCCAACCAGCCAACAAAAGCCCACAACCAAUCGACACCAUUCAACAACCUCUUCAACCAGCUAACAACAACGUAUCUCUGGAACCAGCCAACGACAGCCAACAACCAUUCAAUCCCACUCAAAAGGAAAAGUUUGAAUUCGCAUGGAUUACCCAACAUAUUCAUCAAUUCCAUUUGCCGACUUAUGGCUACUCGAAUGAGAGAAUGAUGAUGAUGACGAUCAAGGAUGUUGAACUGAAGACCAACACGGAAACUCUCCAACACUUUAUCAACGAAAUCAACUCCGACAUCAAAUCCUUCAUCCCCUUCACCAGAAACGUUCCACUUCUCAACGGUUUGUCCUCCGAAGACAAAAUCAUUCUCCUGAAAAGACACGCAUUCUCCAUUUAUCUUGUUCGAUCCGCACCAGCUUUCACUGACUGCGGAUUCCUUCUCAGGAAUGGUGGCAUCAUUGCCUGGGAGAAGUUCCACAAACUCUUCUACGGGGGGUUGGGCAUAAAAAUGAAGUCAUUUGCGACUGCGAUUGAGUUGAUGCAUUUUAGCGAGGCGGAACUCGGAGUGUUCUUGAUGCUUAUCAUGCUCCAACCGAUUUUAAUGAAAGACGUCGUGAAGACGGGAUUCGAUAAUGUGUUUGUGCUGAUUGAAAAUUACGCUCUGAUCUCCAGAACCUUGUAUUACAAAUUGUCAACUCGAGAUCAAGAAGAACGAUUGUUCGACAGGAUUCAGGGACUCCUCGAACAGGUUAACACUAUUAAUAAUCUCCACAAUCAAACCCUUGAUUUGAUUAAAAAAAACCUCAUCUGCUUUUCUGUUCCUCGCCUAUUCUCUGAAAUCUUCGGUGUCCCACGGACCGUAUUGGAUGAAGAAGUAGCCGAGCACAUAAGACGAAUUAAAGAAUCACAAGACUUUUUGAAGUCUCGUGGGUUAUUGAAUAUUUUGUGA